AUGUUGAUGUCAGACGGUAAAAAAACGAUCGAUUUCGUUUUAGUGUGUAAAUUGAGCCAAUUUAAAAACGACCCCGAGAAACACCGGAUGCUCGAAACCUAUUUGAACAAUUUAAGGGCUCUCGGCUUGACUGUAGAAAAGGAAUUUUUCCUGGCAAACGACGACGUGUUCUUCGUAAAAAUCCACAUCAACGACGACAGCGUGUACUUAUACAGCGACCUAUGCAGUACUACCUUAGGUAAAAAAACUGUACCGAAUGUUAUAAGUACUCGAAGAAUAGGACGAUGCUUGGAAACACCGUUGACCCAACGCAACGACCGGCAUCCAAUUUACUUGCGCUAUUCUGAUUCGAUUUACGGCUUGGAAUCCAAGAAAAUUACGUCGGCUGAGAGAAUUCUGACGGUCUACGAGCUAUUGGUGAAGGUGUACUUCGGCUCGGAGAGGGACCAAUUCGGUUUGGAUCAAUUGAUGCACGAAAAAUUGAUUUGCGAUUAUUAUCCGAUACACGAGGGGCCGUAUCACUGGACAGAAACGGGCCUUCUCAGCGACCGACAGUUGCUGAAAAAAUAUUGGGGCAGCUAUAAAAUGUGGUGCAAAGAGCAGCCCCUGAAUUUGGUGGAGAAAUAUUACGGUCCUGAAUAUUCGUUCUACUUCGCCUGGGUGGAUCUCUAUUCCAAAAUGCUUGUACUUCCGGCGAUAUUGAGCAUUUUUGUAUUGAUGUACGGUUUGGCUACUUUACACACAGACGAAAACAUUAGAAGUAAAGAAAUUUGCCAAAGCGAAUUGCUGUUGUGUCCGAGAUGUUUAAGAUGCAAAUACGAAUUUCUGAAGUCCAAUUGUCGAAUGUCGAAUUUCUCUUACGCGUUUGACAAUGUUGCUACUUACCUAUUUGCUGGCUUUAUAAGUAUAUGGUCUACGGUUUUCAUGGAAUUAUGGCAAAGGCGAGAAGCUGUUUUAAGGCUCAGAUGGAACUUGAAAUACGUAGAUCAUGAUACUACUGCAAGAUCGGCUUUUGUAAGAAAAGCCAAGUAUUUCAAAUAUUCGAAUGUAACCGGUCACGACGAGCCAUUUAUACCUUCAACUAAAGUGUUUACUUCCUAUUUUAUAACAGUGGCUACUGUUAUAUUUUCAUUUAUCCUUAUAAUCCUGUGCGUAAUAGGAGUGAUGAUAUAUCGCAUAACGGUAAAUUCAGUCCUAAUAAAAAGUACAUCGACGCAAAAAAUCCUCAUGGAAAAUAGACAGAUGAUAGCAUCUGCUAGCGGAGCUGCAAUGUCUGCUACGUUUAUAAUCAGCUUCAAGCAGAUUUUCAAAAGGCUAGCACUGAAAUUGACGGAAUUGGAAAACCACCGGACACAAUUCGAGUUCGAUAACGCCUUCAUUUACAAGAUUUACGGUUUCGAAUUUAUCAACAAUUACGCCGCUCCUAUUUACAUUGCUUUCUUUAAGGGUAGAUUUUUUACGCAUCCAGGCGAAUUACAAGAUGCGGAUCCGUACAAAGAACUCGGAUCGGAUAUAUGCGACACAGUCGGGUGUACAUUAGAUUUAUGCAUCCAAUUAAUUAUGAUCAUGGUCGCUAAGACUGUUGUUAGUAACGUAACGCAAUAUCUAGUACCGAUUGUAUUGAGACGAUUGAAAUAUUUUUUUAAAAACGUUCAACAGGAAUUGCCGUAUUAUCAAGAAGAGUUUCUUUUGGCGAGGACUCGGCAUUUUUUCCUCGUUGAUGAAUACGUCGAGCAAGUCAUCUUGUUUGGAUUUAUGGUGUUCUUUAUCGCCGCAUUUCCCAUCGGGCCCUUUCUGGCUUUCAUAACGUGCACCUGCGAAUUGCGAACGGACUCUUCGAAGUUGAUUAAGAAUUACAGGCGGCCGAUUCCGCAGAAAGUCACCGGGCUCGGUGCGUGGUUUCGCAUUUUGCAUUUGGUCACGUUCUUAGGAGUGGCCACUAACGCUUUUGUGAUUGCCUUCACGACGAACAUGGUAGAUCUUCAUUUUUUCAAGGCGUAUUAUCGUGAUUCGCAUUUUAUUAACACCACGUUGUCGGCUUUUGCUAUAGAGGAUUUUCCCAUAGAUACUCCGAAACUAACGGGAUACAGUUGGUGUUAUUAUCCUGGUAGAAGAUAUCCUCCUGAUCAUCCCAGAAAAUAUCAGUUAACCACCGAGUAUUGGCACUUGCUGGGUAUUAGAUUUAUGAUUGUAGUGAUAUUCGAGCAUGUGAUAAUGUUGCUGAAAGGCAUCGUAUCGUACAUUAUACCAGCAUUGCCUACAUCCGCUAUAUUCAAACUUCACAAAGAUAGUAAGGAGAAGCCUUGA